GUGUAUAAAUUCUCCAACCAAACCGGUUUUCUUUCUCUUUCUGUUACGUUACCUGGCAAAGGGGAGCAGCAGCUUCUGAGGAGUGAUCUUUCAAUCUUGAACCUGAUCAAUCAUGGGAAAGGAAAAGAUCCACAUUAACAUCGUGGUUAUUGGCCACGUCGACUCCGGAAAGUCCACCACCACCGGACAUCUCAUCUACAAAUGCGGUGGAAUCGACAAGAGAACCAUCGAGAAGUUCGAGAAGGAAGCUGCUGAGAUGGGCAAGGGCUCCUUCAAGUAUGCCUGGGUGUUGGACAAACUGAAGGCCGAGCGGGAGCGUGGUAUCACCAUUGACAUUGCUCUCUGGAAAUUUGAGACUAGCAAGUACUACGUCACCAUCAUCGAUGCCCCUGGGCACAGAGACUUCAUCAAGAACAUGAUCACUGGUACUUCUCAGGCUGACUGUGCCGUGCUGAUUGUUGCUGGUGGUGUUGGUGAGUUCGAGGCUGGUAUCUCGAAGAACGGACAGACCCGUGAACACGCCCUCCUAGCUUUCACCCUGGGAGUGAAACAGCUUAUUGUUGGAGUCAACAAGAUGGACUCCACUGAGCCCCCCUACAGCCAGGCUCGUUUUGAGGAAAUCUCCAAGGAAGUCAGCGCCUACAUCAAGAAGAUAGGCUACAACCCUGCAAGUGUUGCCUUCGUCCCAAUUUCUGGAUGGCAUGGGGACAACAUGCUGGAGCCCAGCACAAAUAUGGGCUGGUUCAAGGGAUGGAAGGUUGAGCGAAAGGAGGGUAAUGCUAACGGCGUUACUCUUCUUGAUGCCCUGGAUGCCAUUUUGCCCCCCAGCCGUCCCACUAACAAGCCUCUCCGUCUGCCACUUCAGGAUGUCUACAAAAUUGGAGGUAUUGGAACGGUGCCCGUGGGCCGUGUGGAGACUGGUGUCCUCAAGCCUGGUAUGGUUGUGACCUUCGCCCCUGCCAACUUGACCACUGAGGUCAAGUCUGUUGAGAUGCACCAUGAGUCUCUUGCUGAGGCCACUCCCGGUGACAACGUUGGCUUCAACAUUAAGAACGUGUCUGUCAAGGACAUUCGCCGUGGUAAUGUGGCUGGAGACAGCAAGAACGACCCC